GACGCGCAGUUGGACGAGUGCGCGCGCGCACUCGCGGAGGCCUUCGACUACAAGUUCCUCUUCGACGCCCUCGACCGCCGCCGCGACCUCCAGGUCCCCACCCUGCUCGUCUCCCUCCAGGGUUGCUUCGUCGACGGCGCCGGCGAGGUCUACGCAGCGAGCGUCCCUGGAGAAGGCGUCGUGGGCGUCGCCGUCUGGUCUGUCCCUUCUUGUCGCGAACCGCGUGCGUGCAGCGAGGAGGCGCAGAGGGGAUGGCUCGAGCUCAUGGCGAAGCUCCCGGCACACUUGCAGGCGUGGUGGACGAACUACUACGCCGAGUUCGGCCAAAUCGUCGAAUCGGCCAUCAGCACCAAGACGCACCACGCCUCCUGGCACCUCGUCAUCAUCGGCGUCGUCGAGAAGCACCGGCACAAGGGCAUCGCGACCGCGCUCAUGGCCGACAUACACAACAAGGCGCGCCAGCAAGGCGUCGCGUCUGUGCUCGAAUGCGCGGACGAGAACAUCCCUGUCUACACUUCUUUGGGGUACACCGUCGAAGGCUCGGGAAAGCUCACUUCGCCGCCGCCGAGCGAGGGUACAUUUUCCACCAAUAUACUCAUCAAGCGUCAUUAG